CCCCUUUCCCCCAAAAAAAUCGUUGAACGUCAUAAUUUUGGACAAAGAAAACGUGUGAGAAACCCAAGAGGAUCGCCUUCGAAAUCAACUUCCUGAAGAAAAACCUCGUCCCUGUAACCUUAAGAGUAAAGAACAAAGUCCUAUACUUGCAGAGGGGAUUACAGGCCUCUAAUGUCCCAGACAGAAAAAGUUUUCAUACCGAACCGAACCAAACCGGCUGUCCCCUUAUGAAAAAUUCCUUGUGUAUUGUGACUGCAACCCAAUUAAUUUUAGCCGAAUUCUUAAUGGUCUGUCACAAAGCGGUCACGCAAUGUUCCGAAAACAUCUUCCAGUAUUACAAAGAAGGGUGCGAUUUACUAGUGGGGCUUUUCAGAAGGGAAAAAUAACUCAAAACGUAAGUCAAGCAAUAGUCCCAGUACAUCAGCCACUGCUUCAGCCGCACCCAUCAUUUUGCAUUGUGAGACAUGCAAGCACCAAUUCUGUUGUCCCUCCAAUAAUUGCCAAAGCCAUUGAGGCUUCAUCACCACAAUCAAGUGACGCUCUGCAAUCAUCAAACAUUCAGUCACUUAUUGAAACUAUUGGGCCAAUACCAGAAGCACCAAAUCUUCCGGGACCCAAAGUUUUGGAAUUACUUUCGAAUGGUGAACCAAGUUUAUCUAGUCUGGGUCUUGGUGGCUAUUAUCCUACGGGAAUUCUCCAACAACUUUUGGAAUUGGUCCAUGUUUCAGCGGACUUGCCUUGGGGAUGGACCAUCGUGUCUGUUGCUGCUGCGAUCCGUAUUCUCUGUUUUAAACUUGUUGUGAGACAAAGGCAAGAGAGUGCCAAAAUGGUCUCUGUCAUGCCUCAGUUAACAUUUCUUCAGCAGAAAGUGCUUGAGGCUCGUCAGCAAAAUGAUAUGUUUCAAGCUGCCAAAUAUGCAAGGGAACUGUCAUCAUUCCAGGAGAACAUGCCAUCCUUGUUUUCUUCACUGAAAUAUGGAGUAGCUCAGGGUGCCAUACUCAUCAGCUUUACACAAGCUUUGAGACAAAUGUGUAAUCUGCCUGUAGAAAGUCUCCAGACUGGUGGCUUCUCUUUUAUGAUGGACUUAACUCUUAGAGAUCCCACCUACAUUCUCCCAUUAAUAAAUGGGUUGUUGUUCUACCUUCACCUGGCUUUUGGCAAGGAAAUGCAUGCCUUGUUUCCUGGAAAAAGCCCCUGGCUUAUUCAACUAGGCAUGGGAGGUGUAUCAGCUGGUCUGUUUCUUCUUAGUAUAAACUUUCAAGGUGCUAUUGUUUUGUACUGGAUAUCUUCACAAGUAGUCACAGUUGUCCAACAUAGAAUUCUAAGCAUGCCUAAAGUAAAAAAAUAUUAUAAGUUGGAGGUAUCUGGGAGCCCAACAGUUGCAGCAAUGUUAAAGAAAGAAGCUGAUAAGAAGAAGUCCGGUGUGCAGAAUCUUGGAUUUUAUGCUCGUUUUAAAGAAGGACGAGCCAAUAACAGAAUAGCAGAAGAAGUUAGGCGAAGGACUGAACUCGACAGUGCUGCAUUUGAAAGAGCAGGACGUGAGCCUAUCAGAAAAACCUACAAAUACGACAUAACAAAGCAAAAAAAUAAAUAAUUAAAGUGUGGUUUAGUGGCCAGAAUAAAUAUGUGUUUUCAAAUAUGUA